GUAGUGUUAGACUGGUGUUUUUUUGUACGUUUGUUGUUUUUCUUUUCAUUCAACACAAUGGCCAAAAAACUAUCUGCUCUGUUUUUUCUCUCUAUGGCUUCCCUGAGUCAAACUGAUGAAAUUCCUCAUCAGAUCUCUUUGAAACUGGUUGAAGUUGGCGGGACUGUUUCUCUGCAUUGUCCAGUUACAAAGACGGAGCGCAAAUUCUUCUACUGGUACAAGCAGCCGCUUGGACAUAUGCUCCAGACAGUUGCCACAGGAAGCUUGACAGAAAAAAAACUGAGUGAACAAUUUAACAACAGUCGCUUUAAUUUAACAGCGGGGGAUUCUCAGUGCUCUCUUACUAUCAAGAAUAUCAGUAAAGAGGAUGAAGCAGCAUAUUUCUGUCAAAGUGGGAGUGCUUAUUUUCAGAGUUUUGCUGCAGGGAUGUACUUGGCCGUAAACGAUCAUGACAGUCAAACACUGACUCAUGUCAGACAAACUCCAGAGACAACAUCAGUCCAGGACGGGGACACAGUUAAUCUCCAUUGUUCUCUUCUCUCCAAGACGUCUGUAAACUCCAGUCAAUGUCCAGCUAAAAACAAUGUGUACUGGUUCAGAGUCGGAUUCGGAGCCUCUCAUUCAAGCUUUAUUUAUACUAACCAAAACAGCUGUGAUGCUCAGCAAAGGAGCUGUGACUACCGACUGUCAAAAACUAUACAGAACUCCUCAGAUACUGGAAUGUAUUACUGUGCUGUGGUCACAUGUGGGAAGAUCCUGUUUGGAGAAGGAACUAAAGUAGAAACAAGUUUAUGUCUCAGUCCAUCUGUCCUUGUACUUAGUGUGUUGUUGGCGUGCUGCGUGACUCUAAUUGUUGCUCUUAUUGUCUACAUAAAACUAAGAGUUGUUGGACAUUGUGAAGGGGCAAAUACAGACCCAUCUGGACGAUGCAAGUCAUCGAGGAACCAGGCAACAAACACAGGCGCUCGUGGAGAUGAAGCCAAUUAUGUAGCUCUUAAUUUCUCCACAAGGAAGACAAAAGGCGUGAAGAAGAGGAUAGAAUCACCACCAGAGUGUGUGUACUCAGCUGUGAGAGGAGGUCAUCCCACACUGCAUGAAAUGUCUUAGAGCAGGACUUGUGUGUGUACAGUUUGGACACAACAUGCUUGCAUGACUGACAACAAAUUAACAUUGUGCAUUUGCUGGUUUUAAAGUUUUGUAGAUUUGACCAUUUAAGUUUUUAACCAGGCUUUUUGCAAACAUUUCUUAUAUGAUUAAAUAUAAAAUGUCUUCGUACAGAAAUUGCUCACAAUAAAGGCUUCACAAUAAAAUGGAGCAAUUUGUGCUUUUUACUGUAAAAUAUAAAAUAUGUAUACUUACUUUGGCAUACAUUUGAAAAAGAUCCUUUGUUUUGCACUAUGAAGUGACAGCUGAUGUGUUUGUGUGAACAACUGUAUUUUACCCAUUUCCCGUAUUAUAGUAAUUACGUUGCCAAUCCCCAAAAUGGGUAAUACUGUGCAUGAAAACUUGCACUGGUAACUGUUUUAUGUUUUUAAAAUCCUUUGGGUAUUAUUGGAAUAUUUGAAAAUAGAUCAGUUGCAUCUUAGAUGUGUUUAAAAAAAAAUAAUUUGUUAUUAAAGCUCCUCAUACCAAUAACACACUAAAUUAAAAAAAUCAUUUAUGCAUUUACAUCUUUAUAUUAUUGUUUUAUAUUGUCAGAUGAAAAUAAAAACAAAUAUAUUCUAUUUCUCCAUAGAGAAGUUGGGGAAAGAACCUAAGGUAUCAUGCUGG